AGAGAGACAAGUAGAGAGGACACAAAUCCACGAAUUCAAUUAUACUGCUGGUGAUAAUAACGUGGCUCUACUCUUUCUACAAAAGCCGUACGAUUUAGGUGAACAUAUCAACACUAUAUGUUUGCCAACGCCACGAACAUCAUACGCCAAUCGUCAAUGUAUCGUUACCGGUUGGGGAAAGAAACAGUUCUGGAAUGUAGGAUAUUCAGCCGUUCUAAAAAAAGUGGUUUUGCCCAUGGUAGACAGAAGCUGGUGUCAAGAACAGCUGAGGAAAACUGCUUUGGGAUGGAAUUAUGAGCUUGCCCAGAGUCUUAUUUGUGCCGGAGGAGAGGCUAACCAGGAUGCUUGCACAGGAGAUGGAGGAUCUGCGCUAUUUUGCUCUAUUGGCGCCGAAAGUUCCAGAAUCUACGAGCAGAUUGGCAUUGUGAACUGGGGAAUGGGAUGUGGCCAGAAAGAUAUGCCAGGAACCUACACGAAUGUGGCGAUGUUUAGGGAGUGGAUUGACACUAAGUUAAUAGCCUUUUUUUAUAAGAAAUAAUUAAUAUUUAUAAUUAGAAAAGGUCUUUAAGUGGAGCUACAAAUAAAUUUAGUAUUUCUCCUUUUAAGAUUAAAAAUAAAUUCUAGGGAU